GGUCGCAAGAAGAUAGCAGCAUUUAAAGUCCUGCUGAAAAAGGAUUCUCUCGAGAGGCUAGAAAAGCGCCUCGAGAACUCAAUCAGAAUGUUAACUUUGGCCCAGCAGUCCUAUCUCGUUGCCCUCACACGGAUGCAGCCCAACAUAAUCGUCGAAAGGUUUGCCGCUCUCACACUUAGAGGGCAUCUAACGCAAACCUUGUCAAAUCCUGUGCCUGAGACUGAGGGGCGGACGAUCACGACACAACCCCAAAAACGUUCAGAAGAAACGGGCACAACUACCAAAUCUCGUCGGCGGAGCUUUAAAUAUUCUGCCAAGCCAGGAAUUUUCGGAAGAAUCCUCGUAGAUUCUUCUGCCUCAGACCAUAUUAUUCUAUUCCAAGCUCCGACGUGGCUUUCAUUGCGAUCAUGGGAACUUCACAGUAUCAAAGCGAACGGAAAUUGGCAGUUCAACCUACGCUCCUAUUCUGUUGUACCUCGCGAAAGUAGAAUAGUAUAUUUGGCGAUGUAUGGAAGCCCGAAAGACAUGCAAAAACUCUUUGAUGCGGGAUUGGCAUCUCCAUACGAUCGGGACGAACACGGGACCACACUACUUCAUAGUGCUCAUAUUUUUGGCAAUUUCAAAGUCGUUAGAUAUCUUGUGGACAUUGGGUUGAGUCCCUGGGAGGGUGGUCAUAUUGAAUCUUACCCAGCAGAUCAUACACUUACUCCUACUUCUGAUAAUAGUAAAGAGUAUACCGAUUUUGUACUGUCGGAUAAGGAAUCCGGUCAGCUAUUUUUAUUUUUCCCAGAAGUCGAUAGGAAGACGAACGUAUUGCAUACGGAAUGUACCUGUCACUACGGAACCUGUCACCUAGGACUAUACAAAGCACUCCUUCCACAUCAAUGCCCAUCACAUAGAAAUACCUCACUCGAAUCACGGAUCCGCGCAGCAACUCUGGGUCUGGCCUACCAAGGGUGCCGUCCUGAAGUAAUUAAACUGAUUCUUGAACCAGAAUGGAGUUCCAACCCCCAAGCCAUUCGUUACUUUACGCCUAAUCUAAUAAUACUAUCAGCUGCACAUCGCCUAUACCCGCCCUACAAUAUUGCGAGCACGCCAGACGUUUUCGAGUUUACAGUCGACCUAAUCAAGCUUGCUCCAGAUCUCCACAUAACCUACUCGUCUCAACCUCGUCCUCAGUGGCUGCGGUCAACGAAAGAUACUCCGUUAAUGGUCAUGAUCGCUAGCUCUGUUAGUUAUUAUGCUUCUGAUUCGAACAGUCGACGGAUCGAACUUAACGGGCCCUUAAAUCUUUGGCUUAAAGCGCUGAAACUUGCCGGCAUCGAUCUGAAUACGUAUGGUCACCGCGAACACGACAUGUUCAUUGACAACGACCAUCAUUUCAUAGUCGAACAGAACCCGUCAAACGUACUACAAUCUAGGCUGUUGUUUUAUCUAAUAGGGUUCAAGUUUGGUCCAGAGCCAGAAGAUUGGGAGUUGUAUUGGGCCGAACCUACCGACGAACUCGCGGGUGACUUUUGGGACUUGAUCGAGAAUCCGCCGCUGCAUAUUCCGGGGUCGUGGGUCGAAUAAUGUCUGACAAUGACUCUUUGAGAUAGAGGGUAAAUUUGGCACAAGGAAGACAGGGUAUACACUAUUUGCAAUUCGUUACUGUAGACUAAACGGCGUUAAAUUUAGAAAGGAGGUAGAGUGCGGCU